UGUUGAAAUUGAAAUUUUAGUUGAAAAAUGGCAGCGAAUCGGGAUAGCGACACAUCAUUGUGGCUACAUAAUAAACUCGGUACAUCCAGCGAAUGGACUAGCGGUUCGAUUUGUUCUCAGCUAAAUAAAGAGGUUUUAAGGAACAUCAAAGACUGUUUUGCUGAUUUACAAACUCAAGUGAAAUUGAAACUAUUGCUUAGUUUUUUCCAUAUCCCGCGUCGUCUUGUCGAAGAGUGGAAAACCGAAUUGGAUGAAGUCAUUGAAGUAGCUGCAUUAGAUUCAGAAUUAUGGGUGUCAAUGAUAGCAGAAACGAUAAAAACGUUUCCAGCCACUGGAUCGUUAAAUACAGAAAUUUCCGACUACGAAGAAACUCGACCAAUAUUCACCGAUAUGGGGAACGAACUGAGAAAAUACGUAAACAAGCACAGUGAUUUGGGAAUGUUGCCGUUAGAGUGUCAAUAUUUAAAUAAAAUGGCAUUAACAUCAGUUGUCGGCCAACAACCAGCAAUGACAAAGCAUUUCACAUUGAAACGAAAACCAAAAAGUGCUGCCUUACGAGGCGAACUAUUGCAAAAGUCUUCCGAUGCACAGUCUAGUCUCAAAAAAUCGUCGGCACCAAUUAUACCACUAAGAACGCGCGGUAUGCCUCGUAAAAUGACUGACACAACACCAUUGCGAGGCAUUCCAACGCCAAGAAUUCCAACCAGCGGUUUUCGAUCGCCAACAUCAACACAAGGACCAAGCAGCCGACCCAAUAUGCCACGUCAACAGGCCGGCCGAAAAGAUGGUGGUAUUAAAAUAUUGGACAUUACCGAGCAACCAUUGGGCUAUGCAGCGGCCAAAAAACGAAAACGACAACAAGAAUUGGAAGAACAACAGAAACGUGCACUUGAAGCACAAUCUAGUCCGCCAAUAAAAUCAGAACCGGAAACACCUGUAACCACAACACCAGAUUAUGCUGUUGGAUUAAAUGCAACCUCUGUAUACACACAGCCAGCCACUCCAGCACCAAAUAUUGUCAAAGAAAUUCCCUCGAACACAACAAACGACUUUGUCAAAACGGAAACAGUACCUGCAAGUUCCACAUCAACCAUUAUACAAAGCCAAGCGCAAGCUGUUAGUAAUAGUCAGCAAAAUCCAGUGACAUCGAAUAAUAAUCAUUUAGUGUUUUCAAUUAAAAAUGAUGGCAAUGUUGUAUCGUCAUCGAUUGGCGCUUCAUCCACACCACUCUUGGUAGCCGUAUCAAAUGCUUCCUCUGCAAAUACUAUAAAAACCGAUGGGCCACGAUUAAUAUCAUCGACAACAAUAAAACCAGCGACAACACAAGAACAGAAAUAUGCCCCAAUUCAAUCAACGAAAACAACACCACCAGCUCUUGUAACGAUUUCCUCACCGACGAAUAUGCCUUCGUUAGCAGCUUUAACAAAUCCACAACAACAACAGCCACAGCAACAACAACAGCAACAAUCCGAAUCGUUGCAGGUGCCACAACAAAUUGGUGCGACAAAAAUUGUGCAAAUCAAAACAGCGCCCACGAUUCAAGUGGUGCCGUCGAAUCGGCCAACCAUUCAAAAUAUACCACCAUUGAUUCCAACCCAACAACCAACAUUCUUGAAUAUUCAACAGAGUGUGGCCAAUCGACAGCCAACCAUACAGACAAAUACCAGCACACCAUCAAGUAUAUCAUACAUUACAACAAAUCAAACGGAUGCAAAAUCAAUUGGAACAUUUCAAAAUGCACCGCAACAACAAAAAUAUUCAUCGGUUGUUGUGCAAUCACCAAAUGUCAAAGGUAAACCAACGAUUAUUUUGGCAAAUGCAAAUACGUCACAGCAAAAGACAAUUAUCCUUCGAUCGGUCGGUGCCGAUGGAAAUACCAUUUUGCAACAAGUACCAAUUAGUAGUGUAUCGGGUCUUCAAAAUCUCACCGGCAAUACAAAUAAUAUUGUUCUAACGCAAGGCGCAAGCAAUAUAAUCAAAACAUCGACAACAAACCAACAACCUCAAUUCCAACAAAUUCAAAUCACUGGCACACAACCGCAACAACAACAACAAAUUCCCACCCUUGUACCAACAUCAUAUACGCAAAUCAUUACGAAUUCACAACAACAACAGAACCAACAACAACCACAAACGCGACUAGUGCUCACAAAUUCCGGGCAAAAUCAAGUUAUUUUACCCCAAGGAUUGCAAGGACUAACACUCAUCCAAAGACCGGGACAACAACCGCAACUCGUGCAAACCAUUCAGCAAAAUCCACAGAUCGUGCAAAUUCAAUCACAGCAAAAUCAACAAAAUCAACCGGUUCAGAUGCAACAAGUAACUGUGCAACAAGCGCAAGCGCAGCCUGUACAACAACGCAAAGGAUUAACUCUAUCGAACGAACAUGUUGCAAAAUUGAAUGAGAUCUUCUCUCAGGCAAACCGAGUCACGCGUCGUGAUAAGGCGUUGAUUCUUGGUUUUAUGGGCGGUUGUCGUGAGAAUCCAAUGCCAAGCCCUGAAAAUUAUAUUGUCAUCAAGUUAGGUGAAACAGAAGAACGUGUAAAACAAGAUGACGGUACGUUUGUUCCUAUGCUUGUCGAAUCAUUGAUAAAACUCGACUAUAACACCGGCGAAUGGAAAAAAUUGCAACACCUGCGACGCAUCGACCAAAGUGGCCAACAAAACGAUUCGAAAAAAAUAACAUCGCAAAAUUCGGUUGUCAUUUAGAAUUCGUUGAACAUUCACAGCUAGAAUAUGUGCGCAAAAAGAUGACGAAAUCGGAUGUAUGGAACGCUCUAUUUUCUAUUUAUCUCCAAAAAAAUAUUGUUUCGAAAACAAACAAAAAAAAAACACAUACACAAAAAAUGUUUCCAUUAUCAUGCUGUGAAAUCGGUGAUCGAGAAUCAUGCGGCGCACCAACAUUCAUUUCCAUUGCACCAGUACAGUUUCACAUAAAAUCGGUCAACAAAGAGUUAAAAUACAUUCAGCAAAGAGAAGUUCGAUAAAAGAUGACAGUGUUUAACAGUAAUUUAUUGGACUUCUUGUCGUGCACUACCACACUUUAAAUCGAUGAACAUGACACAUCCAUCAACCGCACGCUAAAUUAAAUGUUGGAAACGAGAAAGAAAAUGAAUGUUGCUGUAGAAAUGUUCGAUUGUUCAAUUUAGAGAAAUGGAUUUUGAAAAAGAAAGAAUCUAAAUUAUCAGCCAUGAGAAAAAACAACAGCAUUAGAAGAAAAAACACGUAGAGAAAUAACAUGUUCGUGGAGAAGUAAAAUGUAAAUUAUUUGAUAAGAUUGCGAUAAAUUUCAUACAGUUAGAUUCUUUAAGUGAAAAUAAAAAAAAGCAACCGCAGAAUAUCGAAAUGGAGCGCUUAUUUUAAGUGUCUUGUGUGUUAAUUUUGACCAUUUGUUAGUUGGAUAUUCUCGUACAUCAUUACAAGUUAAUUGAAAUUUAAAAUUCACACAAUUUUUAAGUGAAAUAUAAUGAUACCCUUCGCUCAUUAUUUUUUUUGUGCGUCCGUUAAAUUCCCAAAACAAACAAAAAAAAAUAAUAAAAAUAAAUAUUUAGAGUGUUUACAAUAUAACUAAAUUAACAAGAAAAAAAAACAAUUUAGUACACACAUAUUGUAGUUAUGAAAAAAACGAAAUACAUAACGGUACCACAAGACAAAUGUAUAUUUUUAUUUUUAGUGCAAAUCGUGGAACAAAGGAAAGAAAAAGAAAAAUUCAAUUCAAAGCAACGGCAUUUCUUCAUUCACAACAUUUCUAUUAUAAGUAAUUCACAUUGUUUCGAAAGACAAGAAAAAAAAUUAUUGAUCCUCUAACUCUAUUCAUUUAAACAAAUCAAAACUUUUGUUUCAAAAACCGUGUUGAACUAAACUGUUUAAAAUUUGAAUUCGCCGGAUUUUAAUCUUUAGAAAAUAAACAAAAAAAAAAAGAAGAAGAUAAGCGUAACGCAAACGCAUCAUUUAAUGUAUAUGUAUUUAAAUUUGGUCUUUCCAUCUCUUUGUAAAUAAUUUUAAUUCCAUAAUAUGCGCGUGCUUAUGAAAUUAACUUUUAUUCGGUUACAUUUAGAUAGAGAGUAUUAAAAACACAAUCAAAAUGGAACGCAACAGCCAGUCAAAUAUAACAGAGGAAGAAGAAAUGUUUAGAGAAAAUGUACAAACUUAUGUUGAACAAAAUGAAAAUGAACGAUAAUAGAUGAGUUUAACAUUUAAUAUUACAUUUGUAUGUGAUAAAAAUAAUAAACUAAUCGAUACGGAACAAA